CACACACACACACACAGCAGGCCCGUACAGACAAAACCUACACAUUCAUAAUAGCAGUGUGAUUAUUGGAUACCUUUCUUUCAGCCUUGAGAAACUCCUUGUCUCUGUGAAUGUGUGUCGGUCCGAGCUGCCGUUGUGCUCCUCCGUAGUGGUGAGUGGGAGCGGCUCGUCGCUUUGGUGUACAUUACCCUCUGUUGUUAAACUCUGACCCGAGGUCACAAUUAUCCCCAUGCAUAUUUCAUAGAGUGCACGUAUCCGUUACUGACCGGAGGAGAAACGUUAGGUCGUAGAGGGAGGAAGAGCGGACUGGAAGGAGAAGGAGGACAAUGAGGAAGGGGCGAGGAGGAGGAGGAGGAGAAGAGCGGUGGAAGAGCAGACACCUGUGCCAGGUGAGGAUGACGGAUUCCCCGGUUGCAGAUGACUCGUCUGUGGAUUAUCGAUGCUCCAGAGCGGGCGAGCGCCUUCGUCGUGUAGUCACUGACCGGCUGUGAUGCAUUUACUCUCACCGCCGGGGUGCAAAGAUGCUUUGAUAAAGAGGGCGCUCUGAUGAAUAAUCCCACGCACACAAACAAAGCGGCUGACAUUCAGGACUCAGCUGAGGUUUCAAGGAGUCCCUCCGUGUCUCAUAUCGAGUAGAUCAGACCAGCACACAUAUGCUGCUAGCUGGACCUCACCAGCUAUAAACUCUCAAAACAAACAACAUGAACGUUGAACAGUUUUCGCAUGUCAUGGCAGCUACCGGUAGUGAUUCCCAGGUCCGGGCGGGCGGCACCAGCGCCUCUGUUGUUGCUAGUUCCGUCCCCGCGUCCCUUGAGCUCUGGACAUCUUUUCAAACUCCGACCAGUCACGAAGUAUUGAGUGUCUCGUCUCUGGUCCCUUCCACAGUCAUCGCACUCAUUCCUCAACACAAACUCUCAGCAAAUGGACACAUACAUACAGGGCCUCCAUCUUCUCGUGAGGCAACAACGGAGCCUCAACUUUCAGGAACUUCCUCUUCUCCCUCUGGUACCAGAGAGGGAGAAGAUCAAAACACGCUGCCUGCGCCAGCUCCCCGGGCUGAUAAUCCCCAGAACGUUCAGCAGAAUAAACCGGCAGAUGGAGGCGCCCUGGAAGAGGGAUCGGUAAUCUGCAUCGUACCCAAAACGGAUGAAGAGCAAGACUCGGGGCCUCGGGCCUCUUCAUCCCGUGAGCUGCUGCUUACUGUGUUCUUCAUCGUCAUCAUGACGCUGGUCAUCACCUCGGCUCUCCUCGUGAAGUUCCUGGUAUUCCCCCACAAGUUUGGAGGUUCGCCUCCUCUCUGUGGAGCGAAGGGGAACUGCAGUGCGCCAACCCAGUCCGUUCUGACCAAGAAUCCAGUGAACCAGACCGACCUCAUCACUGCAGCCUGCCCAGCUCUGCUCAGUGAUGGCCGACGUAUCGUCGGGGGCACGUUGGCCGUCAGGGACAAGUGGGUCUGGCAGGUCAGCAUGCAGUGGAGAGGGAAACACUUGUGUGGCGGCGCCAUCGUCUCCCCUCGCUGGGUCGUCACUGCGGCUCACUGCUUUGCUCAGAACAACAUGGCGCCGGCCGACUGGCUGGUGGUGGUGGACACGGUCAGCAUCGCCGACAGCUCCUCGGGGAAACGCUACAGAGCGCUGCAGAUCCUCCACCACCCUCGCUACGACAGCUACAACAACGACUACGACGUGGGCCUGCUGCGCACCGUCACCGCCAUGGACCUGGGAGCAGGCGGUGCAGGACCGGUCUGUCUGCCCAGUGCGAGCGAGUCCUUUCCUCCCGGAGCGGCCUGUUGGAUCACCGGCUGGGGAUACACUCAAGAAGGAGGCUUUGUGCCAGACGAGCUGCGGCAGGCUCAGGUCAAGGUGAUAGCUCAAACCGCCUGCUCCGACCCGAGCGUCUACGGCGUGUACCUGACCCCUCGGAUGAUUUGCGCCGGCACCAUGGACGGCGGCGUGGACACCUGCCAGGGGGACAGCGGUGGACCCCUGGUGUGUGAGACGGCCGGGGGGGACUGGAAGCUGGCCGGCGUGGUGAGCUGGGGAGAGGGCUGCGGAAGGCCCAACAAACCGGGCGUCUACAGCAGAGUGACCCAGCUCGUCCCCUGGGUUAGAGGACAGAUGGAGGACAAACCGGGAGGGUUGGAGAUCACAACAGCCAUUACCGACACCUCACGCUAACCUGACCGAUAUAACUCAAGACAAUUGGCAAUAAAGAAU